AUGGCACAAAUAAAUACAUUCAACCAUCCGUUUGAACAUCCAUAUCAAGUCCAGCUGGAUUUGAUGCAAGAAAUAUACGACACAUUGAAAAAUGGUUAUAAAGUGGGCAUAUUUGAGUCGCCUACAGGAACAGGUAAAACAUUAAGUUUAAUAUGUUCUACUAUGACAUGGUUGAGAGAAUAUAAAAAGAUGCAUAAUGAAGGACUAAUCAAAGACAAGCUGAAGUCUGCCGAAGAAGAUGAUGAUGAGGAGGAUGAACCUGAAUGGGUGAGACAAAGUUUCAUUGACAAAAUAAUGUCUGAGUAUGUUGGUGAAGCUAAAAAAUACGAAGAACAUUUGGCAAGAGUUCAUGACCAAGGUACUAGUGUUAUUAUUGAUGGGAAUAUAGGGAAGAAGGGAAAUGUCAAGAUAUACAAGAAAAGGAAGACCGAAAAAUUGCAGAAUGACGAAACAAUCGACGAUCUUGCACCUGAUGAUUUUGAUAUCUUAGAUGACACAACGAGUAAAUCAGGGAUAUCUAGAGAUGUGGAAUUUCUAUUAGAGAGAUUCGAAAAUAAAUCCAAGAAGUAUGAAAAUAAAAUACACUCAACACAAAUUAAUGAAUCCAAAGUAAAGAUUUUCUUUGUCUCACGUACGCAUUCUCAGUUAUCCCAGUUUAGUAGCCAACUAAAACUCACAACAUUUCCCUCGUCAAUUGACCAGCUUCCUGGAGAGCGCAUCAAGUAUCUUCCUUUAGGAUCAAGAAAACAACUCUGCAUCAAUGAAUCGGUGUCUAAAUUAGUCGACAGCCAAGCAAUAAAUAAAGCAUGCCAGAAUUUACAGCAGUCAACUGAUGAAAACAAGAAAUGCCAAUAUAUGCCAAAUCCAUUUAACGAAGAGCAUCUUCACUUGAAGGAUAAAAUGAAUGAUCUUGUCAUGUCUGAUAUACGAGAUAUAGAAGAUAUACAUGAGUUGGGAGAACAGCUACGUAUAUGUCCGUAUUAUUCGACACGAGCGGACAUACCAAUAGCUGAAAUAAUAUCAAUGCCAUACCAGCUAUUAUUACACAAAGAUACACGGCACAUCUUGGGGUUAGAUUUGCAAAACUCAGUUGUUGUAAUAGACGAAGCACACAAUCUACUGGACACAAUAUCCAGAAUUUAUUCAACAUCAGUUUCAUUAAAUGAUUUAAAAAUGGUGAGAAAAGCAUUAAAACUUUAUACUAGAAAGUUCAUGCUUAAAAUGUCUGCAGGUAAUCGGAUCAAUAUAGCCAAGCUAAACAAAAUUAUCUCCAAGUUAUACAAAUUUAUAGAGGCAUCAAAUGAGAAGGGAAUUGUUACUUCUGGUAAAACUGUCGAUAGAGAUGAUAUUUUUGGUGAUGAUGUCAGCGAGUUAUUGAACAUUUACGAGCUAGAAACAUACUUAAUCAAGUCGAAGCUUGCAUUUAAGUUAGAGUCUUACAUGGAAAAAGUAGUCAAGGUGGAUGGUGAUGAACUGUACAAAUCAUCUGGCCAGCCUAUACUGUUUGGGAUCAAAUCCUUCUUGUAUUCCCUCUCAAACCCCCUGAAAAGUGGAAAAUUUUUUUGGGAUAAGUCUGAGAAUGACCUUUCCUUAAAGUAUCUCCUCCUUGACCCCAGUGAGGACUUCAAAGAAAUCGUCGAAGAAGCCAAAUGUGUUAUAUUGGCUGGGGGCACAAUGGAGCCGGUCUCUGAAUUCACCGAUUUCCUAGUUCCCUAUUUAGAAAAGGAUAAGAUUCAUCAAUUCUCAUGUGAUCAUGUUAUACCAGAUGAGAACUUGAUUGUCUUCCCCAUAGGGAGAUACAGGAAUACGGAAUUUGAGUUUUCUUUUCAAAGGAGAAACAACGACUUCAUGAUAACCAAGUUAGGAGAAUCAUUCUGUGAAUUACUGCGGGAAAUUCCAGCAGGUUGUGUUGCCUUUUUCCCCAGUUACAGCUAUCUCUCCCAAGUUCUUGAGAGCUGGCGGAAAUCUGGAGUUUACGAAACACUGGACACCGUUAAAAAGAUAUUCACCGAAUCUAAAGAUAAAUCUGUUGACGAAACUUUGUCUGAAUUCAAGCAAACAAUUGAGUUGGAUGAUAAUAGGAAAGGGGCCUUCUUGCUCUCAGUUGUUGGCGGUAAAUUGUCUGAAGGGAUCAAUUUCUCUGAUGAUCUUGCUAGAGCUGUGUUUAUGAUAGGACUUCCCUAUCCUAAUGCAUUCAGCAGUGAUUUGAUUGCCAAGCGAGAGUACAUUGAGCAAAAAUACCUUACCAACGGGAAGACAGAAUCGUAUGCUAAGAGGAAGAGUCAAGAGUUCUACGAAAAUUUGUGUAUGAAAGCAGUCAACCAGUCGGUUGGACGUGCAAUACGGAACAUCAACGACUAUGCAACAAUAUACCUUUUUGAUUCUCGAUAUGGCAACCCACGUAUAGUGAACAAACUUUCUCAAUGGGUGAAGAAAAGGGUGCUACCAAUGAACACGACAAACCCCGUUUUAGAGACACGCGCCUUUUUCGAAAAACAUGCACAACGUUAG